AUGGCAGCGAAGGAUGAGGGCAACAAAAUUAGUCUAACUGAAGAACAAAUCCAAGAACUCAGGACUGCCUUUGAGACAGGGAAUUUUGCUCAGCUGGCGCAACGCCUGCAAGAAGCUUUUCGCUCGCUGGAGGACGUCCGCUUGAACGUGGGAGUCGUUGGAGAGUCCGAAGGAGACAAAUCAACCUUCAUCAACACCUUUCGGGACCUCUGUGAGGAAGAUGAAGGGGCAGCUCCUUCUGGAAAGGUGGAUGCCAAUAGAACUGCUGUGGCUCAUCCACACCCCAAGUAUCCCAACGUAAUCCUCUGGGAUCUGCCCAAUAUUGGGAACGCAGAUUUCGAUGCCAAAAGUUACGUAGAGCAGAUGGAUGUGGCCUGCUAUGACUUCUUUUUAAUUAUUGCCUCUCAGCACUUCAGUGCCUUCCAUGCUCAGCUGGCUGAGAAGAUCAAGCAAGCAAGCAAAGACUGCUAUUUUGUCCGCUCCAAAGUGGAUGCAGAUCUAGAAUCGGCCCAUCAGAACAGCCCAUCCAGCUUCAGUGAGAUUGCCACGCUGGAGAAGGUCCGGGAAGGCUGUGUGCAGGACCUUCAAGCUGAGCAAGUGACGUCCCCCAAGAUCUUCCUUAUUUCCAACCUUUUACUCAGCAAGUAUGACUUCUACCUCCUGGGAGAGACGAUUGGGAAGAACCUGGACCUACAAAAGAGCCAUUCUUUCCUCCUUGCCACCCCCAACAUCUCCCAUCGCAUCCUGCAGAAGAAGAAGGACACGAUGACCGAACACUUGUGGCUGGCUGCUCUGGUGGCCUGUGGGAUCCAGACGGAAGCUGUCCCAGAGAUCUCAGUGGAGUGUGACGUGGACCUGCUCGUCAGGACCAUGCAAGGUUUCUGCCUCAGCUUUGGCCUGGAAGAGGACUCCUUGAGGAGGACCGCCCAACACGUGGAGCAGCCCUUUGAACGGUUGAAAGCCCUAAUUAGGUCCCCACUGGCUCCUGCAAUCACCAAAGGACGGGUGGUGGAGCUGCUCAUCCAAGCAGCCAGCAAAGCCCCCAGGCUGCCCAAGCAGCUUGUCCCCAUGGCCACAGCCGGGUUGUCCUUCGCUGUGGUGUACAGCAUGCUGACAGCCUUCGUGGAGGAUGUGGCCGCUGACGCCCACAGGGUGCUGGUCAAAGUGUUUAUGAGCCACAAGGGCACGCGGGAGUCCAAGGCCACCCUGUCAACAGCCUUGGAGAACCAGGGCCAUUCUUAG